UUGAAUGUUCUGUGUAGGCAGAGGGAAUCGGGGUAAGUUCAAUGUGCGCAAACCAUCACUUACGUCAGUAGCGGUCGCCUUUCGCGUCUUCUCGUUUUUCGUGGACCGUUGUCUUGACAUUUCACGCGUGGAUAUUAAAUGCCUGCAGCUGUUUGUGAGCCUCACGUUUAUGGACUUUGGGAUAUUGCGGGUUAUUUGUCGGUUCUCUCUAACCUGACCAACAUCCUUCGCGUUAACCAAUUAUUUCGCGCAUGCGUGAUUAACUGGCUGGCAUAACACACAGUGGCAUGCACACUUACCCGCUAUUUUUAAACGUCAACAUGCCGAAAAAAAUUGUGGGCGAGAAUAGCAAGGCGGUGGCCGCCCGUGCUAGAAAAGCAGCGGCCAAAGAAGCCGAAACUAUAAAGAAAGCACUGGAAGCUGAAGACAGAGCUUGGCAAGAUGACGACAAACAGCUAUUAAAAAAGAAGCAAAAACAAGAAGAACUCGAGAAAAAACGCCAACAGCAAUUAGAAAAGAAGGCAGAGGCUAAAGCUAUGCUUGAGGAAGAAAUGGCGAAUAUAAAAGUCGGCGGUAAACAACCAGCGUCCAAAGUCACAAGGGCUGAGAUUGUCGCCAUCACUGAGAAACGAAAUCUGGUAGCUAUGAAGAGAAAGGAUGAAGAGAAACCAAUCGAAGAGAACCUGAACAGAGUAAUUCUGGAGGGUGAAACGGCUCACGGUAUAGACGAAGCCUUAUCCGUCUUGAGUAUAAAAGAUCCCGAAGCCGAUCGACACCCGGAAAAACGGAUGAAGGCCGCAUACGCCAACUUUGAGGAGAGAAUGAUGCCUGUGAUUAAAGAACAAAAUCCUACCUUGAGAUUGAGUCAACUGAAGCAGAUUCUUAGGAAAGAAUGGAUGAAGUCGGCUGAGAAUCCACUCAAUCAAAAGUUGAAACACUGCUGAGGACACUCUGUCAUAGGGCUAUGACCAGCCAUUGGAAUAGCUUCGAGGAAAGCCUUCAUCAUCGUCUGAAAAGUGUAAAACAAACGAUGAUUGAAUCGUAUAUGAUUUUUAAAAAGAAGCAAAUAAUUAAUACAUGCGACAAAUUUCUACACCACUAA